AUAAACACGUACCAGCUCCAUCAUUUCUCACAAAACCCAAAGACUCCAACUUUCUCCAGUCUCCACCAGAAAACUCCAAAACAAAAAACAUCCAAACCCAAACAGGAAGGAAGAAAAGAAGAAACAAACCCAGAAAAGAUGAGGUCCAGCAACCACUUGAUAGGUGUCCUCAACUUCACCACCUUCCUCCUCUCAAUCCCUAUCCUCGGCGGUGGAAUCUGGCUGAGCAGCCGAGCCAACAAUACUGACUGCCUCAAGUUCCUCCAAUGGCCUCUCAUAGUCAUCGGAGCCUCCAUCAUGGUCGUCUCCUUAGCCGGCUUCGCCGGAGCUUGUUACCGCAACACUUUCCUCAUGUGGGUCUACCUCUUCGUCAUGUUCUUCAUCAUAGCUGCCCUGAUCGGCUUCAUCAUUUUCGCUUACGCCGUGACGGAUAAAGGGUCCGGCAGGGGGCUCGUAAACCAGGCUUAUAAGGACUACUAUCUGGAGGACUACUCUGGCUGGCUAAGGGACCGCGUAGCGGAUAAUAGCUACUGGAGGAAGAUUGCUUCUUGUGUGAGGGACUCUAAGGUCUGCAAGAAGAUGGACAGGACUGUUAAUGGUGUGCCGGAGACUGCUGACAUGUUCUACAACAGAAAGCUUAAUUCUGUUGAGUCUGGCUGCUGCAAGCCCCCUACAGAGUGUGGCUAUGCCUAUGUGAAUGAGACGUUUUGGACCACUGGAGGAGGCUUGGUGGGAACAAAUCCUGACUGUUCUAUGUGGAACAAUGAUCAGCAGGAACUCUGCUAUUCCUGUAACUCUUGCAAGGCUGGUUUGCUGGCCAACAUUAGGAAGAGUUGGAGAAAGGUCUCUGUCAUUAACAUCGUUGUAUUGAUCAUCCUAGUGAUCUUCUAUGUGAUUGGCUGUGCAGCGUUCAGAAACAAUCGUCGGAUUGACAAUGAUGAACCGUAUGGUGAGGCUCGGAUGACAAAGGCGCAACCUAGCCCUUUCCAACUCUAGUAGUAGAGAUUGAAUCUGAAAGUUGGAAAAACUGUGUGAAAAGUGUAUUUUAAAGGUUUUAAGAUUGCACUCAUUAAGGCCUUUUCGUCAUAGACAAGUGAACAUCAUGAACUUGGCUUGAUUUUUGAAAAGUUGCCUGUAUAUGAGCUAACAUGUUCUUUAUUUUAUCUAUCUUUAUCAUUUACCUGGUAGAA